UUGUUUGUUCACAAUUUCGCGCCUUUGCCUCCGCUGCGCCUGUGCCUCCGUCUUCCUAUUCACGCUCACGGUUCUUUCCACCGUCCGGCGACCUACGUUCGGUGAUCACCUCUACUUGCGAGUCUGCUACUCUUCUUUCUCGUGUUAUAUUUUCUGCAAAAAUUAAGUUAGGGAACAUCAAACCAGCUAUCACUGUAUUUGGGAAAUUACAACUUACAAGGAUGUUAGUUUCACAAAACCCUCAAUCCUCUUCUCCCGUCUCUUCUACUACGGCUUUCAGUGCUUCAUCUUUACCUGUCUUCGGUAGUUCAGCGCCUGCUUUUGAGUCAUCUUCAACUCCGACGUUCAGUUGUCCAUCAUCAUUUGGUGGAUCAUCCGUAUUUGGUCAGAAGCCUGCUUUUGGAGGUUCUGUCUCUACUCAUACUCAACCAUCACAACCAACAUUUGGAAGUAGCAUAUCUGGUUCCUCAACACCUUUUGGCGCAUCAUCUCAGCCAGCAAUUGGCUCUAUGGGGACUCCUGCAUUUGGUGCUAUGAGUACUCCAGCAUUUGCUGCAAUGAGCUCAAGCCCAACUUUUGGCAACACAGGGAGUGCAUUUGGUGUGUCAAGUGUUCCUGCGUUCGGCGGUGGGGUAGCAUUUGGGGAUUCAAGUAACCCUAUGCUUGGUUCAUUUAGUAUGUCUGAAUUUGGCUCUUCAAGGACUCCAUUUGGGGCCUCUAGUACUCCUGCUUGUGGUGCUUCUAGUAUCCUUGCUUUUGGUGCUUCUACUACCCCUGCUUUUAGUUUUGGCUCCAGUCAGGCUUUUGGUCAGUCUAGUUCUGCAUUUGAUAGUAAAAGCCCAUUUGGAAGUACUACCUCACCCUUUAGAGUUCAGAGUUCUGCAUUUGGAUCUGAGGCUCCAACUUCGGCUUUUGGAGGUCAACGAGGUGGAAGUAGAGUAGCUAGUUACUCAUCAACAUCGCAAGAAAAUAAUGGUACCUCUGGACAGGCCGCAAAAUUAGAGUCCAUAUCAGCCAUGCCUGUUUACAAAGAUAAGAGCCACGAGGAGCUAAGAUUGGAGGACUAUAUGUUGGGAGAUAAAGGAUCUGAGGCUCCAACUUCGGCUGUUGGACGUACUUGUUCUGGGCAGUUUGGUUUUGGAGGUGAACGGGGUGGAAGUUGAGUAGCUAGUUACUCAUCAAUAUCCGAAGAAAAUAGUGAUACCUCUGGAGAGGCCGCAAAAUUAGAGUCCAUAUCAGCCGUGCCUGUUUUCAAAGAUAAGAACCACAAGGAGCUAAGAUUGGAGGACUAUAUGUUGGGAG